UUAAAGCAAAUGGCGGUUUCCACGUAAGUGUUUUGGAACUGGAAAAUAAAAAGAUCGCGUGACACAUGCUUUCAAAUCCGGUUGUUGAGUAUUACAAACAAAAGUACCUAUUAUGGUGAAAAUCCUUAGUAACGGUGAUAUCGUUCCUGAUGACGACCCUAGGGCGACGCGGUCAGCUUCAAAACGAAACGAAGGUGGAAACACUCAACCAAGACAGGGAUUUAUUCGGCACGAGGACCAUGCAAAUGAAGAGAUGGUUGGCCAGGUUUCUAUAUUUGACUCUCUGAACCAGAGACUGCUGGAUGCGGGCGUGCCCCGCUGGAAUGCUGGGCCGUAUCUCAUUGAACCGAUCGUAUCUCUCGGCUUCCUGCUGGCAGGUCUCCUCCUCGGACUCAAGGGACUGCUCUUCGGAGCCAUCUUGUUUUUUGUUGUGAAAUACAGCCAGGGAGCUAGAGGCCCGGCACCGUAUGGUGGUAACAAUCGUGGUGCACGGCCGGCUGGUGGUGGCGGUGGUGGUGGAGGAGGAUACACCCUUGGUCGAUCGUGAUAAAUACAUACAAGUGUGGAUUAUGUUUCAGACUAACGUAAUAAUUUGCAUAAGUGCCAGAUUCUGUCAUCCCCCUCCCCCCAAUAUUAAAAUUUAUGGAUUAGCCCCUCCAGUUAAAAGGCAAAUUACUUUAUAGUCUGCCUACAGUAACUUUUGCAACAAAUAAAUAAUUAAACACAGUAAAUUGGCCCUUCAACCAACAGCAAUAAUUUUGCCCAGCAGCAAAAAAAUAUGCCUACCAUUGGUAUAGUCUGUGUGAAAAGGUAACCGAUGAAUUGAUUUGUAACUCUAUAAUGAAUAAUGUUAAAAUUCAUAUAAAAAUAUAUAAUUAAGCAAGUUUUAAACCCAUGCCAACUCAAAUUUAAAAAUUUGAAAAAAGAUUAAAUGUAAAUAAAAAGUUUCUUUACAAAAUAUCAAAUUGCAUAGACUAAAUGUUAUUUUACAGUGCAGGCAUGAAGAACUGAUGGAACAGCCAACGUAGAAAACGAAUGGUUCUACCUUUAGUCUCGGUGUGCUGCAUUAUCGAUUGUUUUCACCCCUGUAUUAAAAAUGAGAUUAAUCUAUAUAAUUUGAUGGUAAUUUGUUAAGAAACUUUUUUAUUUAAACAGAAUUUUUUAGUUAACUUUGUUUUUGAGUUGGUAUGAGUUUAAAACUCAGUAAUAUAUUUUAAUAUAAGAUUUAACAUCAUUCAUUAUAGAAUAAUAUGCCAAUUCAUCGGUUCCCUUUUGAUGCAAAUGGACUAUAAUUCAUAUCAGAGCAAUUGGUGCUGUCAUUAAGUUCUCAAGCCCUGUAUUAACUCAAACUGGGUUUUACACUCGGUAAUUUUGUAGGUAUUGAACAUAUUAAGGGGUAAAAUCCAGCUACCACAGGAAUUCUGGGACAACACAUUGGAUAUACAGGUGUUGAUAUCUUAAGACUGAAAAUGGAAUAUUUAUUUUUACUUGUCAUAAGGGAUGUAUUAGUGGAACAGAUGUUGAGAGAUGAUGAAGUAAGAAACGUCCCUUUAACUGGUUCCUUGGUAUAACGGUAAAUAAUAAACCAUCACUGUGAACUGAAGAAGGAAACGUGUGUACAUGUCUUAUUGUAAUGACCGGAGGCGUAUCUAGGGUGGGGCAGGGACCUGGCCUGCCCCCCCCCCCCCUAAAUUUUGCGAGUUCUAAUUUUAUUAUAUAUUAAUUUUCAUUUGUUUACAAUCCCCUCCAAACUUAACAAAGAGUGUUGCUCAGAUUUGUUUUUCUUUAUUGAAAAAGAACACAAGUUAGAGUAAGUGGGUCUACCUUGUUACUUUUGUAAAUCGAUGAUUUCUGGUUAUAGGCAGAGUACGAGGUGCGAUCAAAAAGUUCCGAGACUGUUCCUGUUGCAAACAAAUGGAAUGAAUUAAACAUUAACGACACCCCAGCAAAAAAAAAUACAUCGGCUAUUGGUUGUCAGACGAACAGAGCGCGACAUGGCCAAGCAGGAGCGAGCAGUGACUUUUGUUAUUCACUAUGCCACGUGACGUCGCACGUUCAACAUUGGGAUCUGUGUUACACGCAUUUUUGUGUGAAACUCAGGGAAAUCAGCAACGGAGACCCUCGAAAUGCUUAAGCAAGCCUAGGGCAACGAAGCAAUGAGUCAGACGAGGUAUUUUGAGUGGCAUUCUCGCUUUAAGAGGAGCAGAACUUCACUGGAGGAUGACGAGAGGUCAGGGCGACCCUCUACGAGCAAAACCCCCUAAAAUGUCAAAGAAAUAGAAUGAAUUGUGCAUCAGGAUCGUUGGAUCACCAUCAAGGAAGUUGCUGACAUCGUCAACGUGUCAUUUUGAACAGUUCACGCAAUCCUCACAUCCAAUUUGAACAUGCGAUGGCAAUUGGGUGCUCUAUCAUGACAAUGCAGCCCCUCACAGAGAGUUGAAAACACUCUAGUUUUUCGCCCGGACCAACAUGAUCGUCACAUCUCACCCCCACUACUCGCCGGAUUUGGCUCCCUGCGACUUCUUUCUCUUCCCCAAGAUGAAGUUCAAUCUGAAGGGUGGCUGUUUUGACACCGUGGAGGCGAUCCAGCGCGAAUCGUAGAUGGUUCUUGACUCGCUUAAAGAACAUGACUUCCAAGGGGCAUUCCAAGCAUGGCAGAAGCGCUGAGGGCAGUGAAUCGCUGCACAAGGUGACUACUUCACACCAUUUGAUCGCACCUUGUAUAUGUCACGUUAUGUUUGUACAUCUUUAUGUAUGCAUCAUGACAGACAUUUAAAGUAACAGACCCUAGUUUUUAAACACUACAACAUAUUUGUUACUAUUAGAGCCAUUUUUGAUAACUCAAAUCAAACAUUUCUUAGAUCUUGUUGUUUAGAUUAUCCAUUUCCGUAUAUCCUAAGCAUUUCUGGUCUUUUUGGUGUUUCUAAUACCACGUAAUGUAUUUUUCAUAUUUUUACUUUUCUGAUAAGUAACAGUUAUGAAGAUAAGCUCUAGUCUAAGUAUUUCCCUGUUUUAGCAUCACAGACUCACUUCACUGUAUUGUAAAAACUUUAUCCAAAUGUGUUACAGGUGUGUACAUUAACCAAACUUGGUGUCCAUUUUCAUGGUUUGAAACUAGGGUCCACACCACACAUAGCAAUCUGUGUGAUGUUUACUCUACAAUAAGACAUGCAAUGAUUUUGAGGAUCAUGAACAAUGAUGCAUUCCGCAUUCUGUAAAAACAAGUCUUGUAUUACUUGUCUUGGAAUUCUUUAUUUAUUUCAAUCAGAUGUGUUUGAAUAAUAAAUAUCUUUGUUAAUAUGU